AUGAGAAAUCGAGACCGUCUGGGGCUUGAAGAACCUGGGGAUCGGAUCAUCGGGGGUUCCAAACCUCAUUUACUGCAUGUGGUCAUCAAGCUCAUCGUCUUCGACUCAUUUGUGACAGACGCCAAUAUUCAGCUGGCAGCUUCGGGCCGGCAUUCUUCUAAGGUUUGCGCGAGGUGCAAGAAAAGGAAGACAAAGUGUGACUCGGCCUGGCCGUCCUGUGGAAGCUGCACGAAAGCGGGCGCAGUGUGCAGAGGGUACGGCUCAGGUGGCGAAGAACUACCCCGGAGUCUUGUACGCGCUCUUGAAAACCACGUCGCUCAAUUGGAGCGUGAGGCAGCGGGUCUCCAGCACUCACCCAACAGCGUCGCCGUAGCCUUGACCUCAAGACUGGCUCAUGCCACGCUCGCAGCAGACAGUCCCUCGACAACAUCCUUCUUUCUUUCCUCCCUUUCGCCAGCGUUCUUCCUCAGGCCAAGUUGUCCUCCGCUGUUGAUAUCGAGAAUCAAGCCAGACGUGUCUCAGCCAGAUCCCCGGCAGGUUCGAACGCCACCUCGCGAUGGGCCUUCGAUAUCUACGAACCUUGGACAGAUUCCACCAGCUGCUCUUGACCAGAUGAUCUGGAACUACACCAACAUCCACCUGCCACAGUAUCCAUGCGUGCAAGAGCAAUGGCUGCGCCAGGUCUUCUCGCGUGUGUUUGUCACUCACGGCGGAGACACAGAUGCUGCUUUGACUCUGGGCAUACCCCCUGAGUCCGGCCUGUCCCACUUCGACUACUUUGUCGCCUUCGUCUCCCUUGCCAUUUCUUCGAUCACACUGACCUGGAAGAAUGAGGCCCAGGCGCGGACUGCCUCUAACGCGUUCUUUGCAAUCUCACUCCAGCAUCUCCGGCUUGUCCUCGGUGCUACCGAAAUUCAGAAGCUUCAAAUUUCGCUUCUCCUCGCUCACUAUGCCCACAUGAGCCCGAGCAAGGUUGAUAAUUGGGCUUGCAUAUGGAACGGAGCAAGAAUUGCACUCGAACUUGGCCUCCACAAACGCUCCCCCGAUUCUGCCUCGCACGGCCAGCUGUUUUGGGUUCUGUAUGGCAUGGAACGCUCACAUUGCACUCUUCUCAGGCUUCCUCUUUCUUUUCCUGAGGAAUCUAUCACUGCUUCCCUGCACAUACCGAAUUUCAAUGCUAUCAACAAUGAUGAAACUAAAAGGCAAUCAUCUGCGACUCAUCUGUACCGUCUACGAGCGAUGGAAACCGAGAUUUACCGCGUCUUGUACCUGCAGGACUCCAAGGCUCAGGGGGAGCUUACAGACCUUGACGCUUGGAUCAACAACAUAACAAACCGGCUAGACGAGUGGCUUGAGACAGCAAAAGGCUUCUCUAAAUACCAAAUGUUCGAGUUCAGGAUGGUCCAGCACUCGUCUGUCAAGUCCCGUGUCUACCGCCCCACACCGCGACUAGAGGUCAGAACGCCCGAGGACCGCCACGCCUGCUUCGUUGCCUGCUCGGCCUUGGUGGAUGAUUACCAGCAGCAGACUAAACGGCGGCGUCUGUUCUACCCUUGGCAUGCUGUGCACAUUCUCUACGAGGCAGCGAUCGUCAUGCUAGAGGCUUGCUGGGCCUUGCGGGAUUACGUGCCAGCAAGGCAAGAAGCCAGGCAGAUUCUGGCGGUUACCAUACCAGACUGCCUGAUGCUUCUGACCAAAGUCGGUGAAUCUUGGGAUGACGCUGCUCUUUGCUCCAAAUACCUUAUGCCGAUUGUCGAUGAGGUUACUGUUGCAUUCAGGGUGAGAAUUAUGGCCGACAUCCUCUCACCUCACAAAGUUCCAGAGGCCGAGACCACUGAAAAAUUGCGGAAGCUACUUUUCCCUGAGGGGCCGCCGUCUUGGAGCACGCCGGUGUCGUCCGAGUCGCUGACAGUCGAGCCUGAAGCACCUGCUCCCUUGAUGGACAACGCUGCUCUGAGUGGCAUCGAAGAGUUCGACUGGGAUGCAGACUGGAAUUUUCUGCAGGACUUGUCACCAGUGUUCACAAAGGACACUCCAUGGGCGUCGAAUUGA